AUGACGUCCUCUUCACGUGGUCGCAGGCGACAGCGGCUGGCGGCUGCGGUCGCCCUAGCUGCAGGCGUUGAGUCACAGGCAUGGCUGUGCGGGAGAGCUUCUCCUGGCCAUCCACGAGGCCCAGUUUCUCCGCUUCGGCCUUGUGCGCGCGCGGCCCUGGAGCCAGUGGCGGUCAAUGGUCUCCUUGUGGCUUUGCCCACCCUGGGCGCAGCCGCCGUGGCGUCAUGGUUCUGGGUGCACCCCCCGAAAGCUUUCGGCCAGGGCAGAAGGAAGACCUAA